CUCGGAGCACACCGAUUCGAAAUGGGAUUUUGAGUCCAUGAAUGAGCAGCAUGCAGAUCUCGGAGCUGAUGCACGUGGUCCCAACAGAGCAACCGAAGAAGAAGAAGAUUCCAAUUCGGCAAAGGCUUUUCACCCUGGACUCGUUCCCGUCUCUUCAGUCGAGCUGCACGAUACCUUCCCAAUUGUGAGAUUUCAAGGCCCUCCGUGAAAAUUAGCCACACCUGCCUGCUGACAUUCAAGCUCUUCUAAAUUCUGGGCAGUCCAGAAUUCAGCACAAACUGGAGCGAUCUCAUGGCCAGGGACCUUCUCACGAGAGAGAAUGUAGAAGCCAGUCUCGAAUUCCGUUCCCGCUCUCUGGAGUCACAUAAGAUUCGCAAUAUAGAUCGCGAACGCGAGAUCUCCUUCAUUUAAGCGCCUCCCUUUUGUCGCCAUUCGCAACAGCGUUUGCUAUUGUUGGUCGAGGGUUUCUGAGGUUUUUGGUUCCCCUUGCCCUCGUUCCUCUUCAUGGAAUGUGGAGGUGCUUCUUUGCUUCAACUGAAAGAUCGAAAGCUCGAGGAAUAUUUCGGGGUUUGAACAAUUGAUUCGACGAGUUUAUGAGCGAGUCGCAAAAUUCUUCGUUGGAGUGUGUGCGGUGGAGGCAACGGUGAAUUGGGGGAAAGGCAGGACUGGACAUGACUUUCUGCACUGAAGAGAUAGGGGUUGGAAUUUCUCUCUUGGUUUUGUGAAGCGGGGAGUUCAUCGUGGCCACGGAUGUGAUGGCGAGCGCGGAAUUUGCGCAAUUGUCUCUCGAUGAUACGGUUUCUGACAAGGAAGGCGAUGUGGCUGAGGAUGGGGUGCUUCUGUAUUACAAAUUUGCCCAAAUUGAUGACCCCGAUGGAAUGAAGACCUGGCUUUUUGAUCUUUGUUCUUCCUUAGGACUGUUGGGUCGAAUUCGAGUAGCCCCGGAUGGGAUAAAUAUCACGGUUGGAGGGAAAUUGACAGCACUACAAGAACACAUCAGAGUCGUGAGCUCCAAUCCCUUGUUUACGGGCACCGACUUCAAGAUCGCAUCGUGCUCCCCUCCUGCGAAUCCUAAAGCUGCUGCCGAAUGUGGAUUCACUUCUCUGUCCGCACGAGCUGUCAAGGAGCUUGUGACCCUUGGUCUCCAUCCCUCUGUACAACCUCCCUCGGUGUCCAAUGCUGGAAGACAUGCCACUGCCCAGGAGUUUCAUAAAAUUCUCCAAGAAAGGGCACUAGGUGAAGCUCAGGAGGGAAGUGACACUUCUCUCAAGCAGACCAUAGUUGUGGACGCGAGAAAUGUCUAUGAGACAAGGAUUGGUAAAUUUUCUGCCGGGGAAGGAGUAGAAGUGAUGGAUCCCAUGGUUCGUCAGUAUAGUGAUCUACCUGGUUGGAUUGAUGACAAUGAAGACCGCUUGCGAAACAAACAGAUACUCAUGUAUUGUACUGGUGGUGUUCGUUGUGAGAUGGCAUCAGCAUACAUUCGUAGCAAGGGUAAAGAAUUUGAAGAUGUGGUGCAGCUUUCAGGGGGAAUCCAGCGAUAUAUGGAAGCCUUUCCGGACGGUGGUUACUUUGUAGGCAAGAACUUUGUUUUUGAUCACAGAUUAGCUGUUCCAAGUUUAAAUAAAGUCGUGUUGGGGAGGUGUUUGCAAUGCAACACUCCUUAUGAUGAUUAUUCUGCGCGUUGCCGGUGCUCACUAUGUCGAAUGCUCGUUUUGGUUUGCAGUGAUUGUCAGGUUGUCUCACAACAGUCUAGCUCACUAUUCAUCUGCGAGGUUUGUAACAAGACUGGCAAGAGCCUGAAGCCGAGCACACAGGUUGGAUUUCAAGGAUCUCUACAGUGUGAAAAAUUCACUGACAACUCUGAAUCUAAGCCUCCAAUACCUGAGAACAAAGAUGGAGAUCAGCAACAAAGGAAGCUGAGGAUUCUAUGCCUUCACGGUUUUCGACAAAAUGCUAGCAAAUUGAAGGGUAGACUAAAUGCAUUGAGAAAGAAACUGAGGCACAAGGUGGAAUUCGUGUACAUCGAUGCACCACAUGAAGUGCCUUUUUCCUCUCAGCAGCAUCAGGUGCCGCAUCAACCGGACUGUCAUAGUGAGAAUUCGCUAGAAGGAUGGUGCUCAGGAGAAUGCUCGGGUGCCAAAGGAGUCCCCAGUUCCACAUCUUCUGUCGGAGUUUCAAAGAAGUUUGCUUGGCUCUUCAGUCCAGAAACCGCUUUUAAUGAUUUUCUGAUCUCGAGUGAUGGGACGAUGGAGGCUUCUGGAAUGACUCACUUUCAAACACAAUCAAGCACUGGUGCACCUGAUGCGUUUUCUAUGAAGCAGUGCUUGCCUGAAGGUCUUGUUCAACAUACUAGAGUGGACUUGAAAGAGAUUCCAUCAGGAAGGAUCGAAACCGAAAUUUCGAGUGAAGCACGGCCUUCUCAACACCAGACACAAAUUUUAGGAUGGUCAAGAUCAUGGAAGUACCUCCAGACGGUGUUCAGAGAACAAGGUCCAUUUGAUGGUGUUCUGGGAUUUUCUCAAGGGGCUGCCAUCGCUGCAGCCCUUUGCCUCUCCCGCGUUAGUAGGUCCGAGCACAACAGUGGAGCUGUAAAGUUCCGGUUCGUGAUAAUAUGUUCAGGGUUCAUUUCACCAGCUGCCGAGCAUUUUGAAUCAAUGUCCUUAUCGAAUGAGGGAGCAAUAGAUGUUCCGUCACUUCAUGUUUUUGGAGGCUGUGAAGGUAGUGAUCGACAAAUCAGCGUACGCGAAAGUGAGCAGCUUGCAUCCUUAUUCAGGCGAGAGAAAAGAGUCACCAUACGACACCAGUCAGGGCACAUAAUUCCAACCCAGCCAGAGUAUGUGCAGCAAUAUCUGUCUUUCCUAAAUCAGUUCUAGCGAUAUUUUCCUUCCCCUGCCAAGUCUCCUCACAGCUCUCGCUAUCAAGCAUCUUUAGCUACGUUCGUCCAUUGCGUUACUUUCGAACUGCUAGAGCAAGCAGUGUAAUCAUUUGCAGUGAAGCGGAGAGCAACACUUGAAGGACAUUUAGCUGAACUGCUUUCGCAGUAGAAGUCAAUCUUCAUUAGACAAAUUUCUGCCCCCAAAAGUUACAGAGACAGGCUUGUACUUGUUUGUAAGAGUGUUUGCAGCUCACUGCAGAAGAAGCUCUGAACCUUUUUCCUUCCCGUAUUCGGAGAGUGCGCUAGCAACUCUCCGAGUAGGACCAGCGCUAGCAAAUUCCCUCGCUGGGCAUUUUGCAUCUGCAGAGGAACAGAGAAGACAAGAGAUCAAGUUGGUAGCCACUCAAGCCUUACCCCCCAGCGCAUAAAAUCCGCCUUUACCCUUCUGUACAGUGUCUACAUUGAGGAAGUCAGAAAGUGGCCAUCGCAACGAAGUUACAUCGUAACUGCGUGGCUGGCACGCACUGUUACCACGUUUCCAGGCAACCAAGUUCAUAUAUGGGUCGGUGGACUGAAAAGUAGAACGCGGUUUCGAGGAGCUGUGAGCAUUCUGACACUCAGGCCUUGUCUCCCUGUCGAAUGCCGCUGUCAUCCUCUAGCGCAUGCGUGACUGAGGCUGGUUCGAAGAUCCGGAAACGAAAAGGAUGCCGAGGAUUUUUUCUGUCUUGUUAAAGAGUGGGUCAUGAGGUACUUUUGGGAGAAAUCACUCGGAAGUGGCACGAGAAAGUUGCGAGUCUUUGUGUAUGAAGGUUCACACGGCAGCAGUAGAAUUGUCUCGUUAGUAUAUCGAAUUCGCCCAAGGCUGGGACAUCUAGCAUCGGGGCUGGUUGCCACGGAAUUUUGUUUGCAUUUGGGAAAUACAGUUACUCAAGAGUGUGCUCAUUAUUUCUUCCACGUUUGGAAAUUAUGUGGAUAUUGAUGAUC